UUUCACUUCGGAUGCUGUGCAGCCUGAGUGCCUCCUCUGCCUGCUCCUCCUUAAGUAGUGUACAGCGGGACACUCUGCAGUUCGCUUAUCCCGUUCCCUCUCGCUGCCUUUUACGCGCACGACGUCCGCAGCCACAGUGAUUCAGUGGAGCCAGUCUUCUCUGCACGCGCCCAGCUUCUUUGGAUGAAGGCGAGACUCUUUCCACAGUGUUUCGAUGGCGACACAGCGCUGGCUGCGAAGUCUUUGAAUUAUUUUACAGGGGGAUAUUCACGCUUUUUCUUCUUCUUCCUCUGGUUUUCCCCCUCAACGCGACUCGUUUUCAACAAAAUGUGGGGCGCGCGUUCUCUGCGCAGCGUCCGCGGAGUGUUCUCUACAGUCGUGGCCGCUUGACUAAAGGGGGAUCCCGGCUCCCUUUCCAUUCGCUGCUCCCGUAGGAACAAGAGGAGUUUGCAUGCAAAUGCAAGCCAUGGAGGGACUUGUGUAAAGAGGAUCCAACAUAAUUCAACAUUUUUGGAUUUUCUUUGCCAUUUUAUGCUUUUGGGUCACCCUAACAUCUUCCCAGACACGUCUCCUUUUUCCCACUGCCAUGGCUGAGAAGCUUGGACCAGCAGGGCUCAAGCCCACCGAUGUCCGAAAUAAUCCCUCGCUGCCCCCUGAGCCCAUCGACAUCAUCCGCACCAAAGCCCGCUCACGAAGAGUCCGCCUUAACGUUGGGGGUCUAAACCAUGAGGUGUUGUGGCGGACCUUGGACAGACUUCCCAGGACCCGGCUGGGAAAACUGCGAGACUGCAACACGCACGAGUCCCUGAUGGAAGUGUGUGACGACUAUAGCCUGAACGAAAAUGAAUACUUCUUUGAUCGGCACCCGGGCGCAUUCACUUCUAUUCUGAACUUUUACCGCACAGGCAAGUUGCACAUGAUGGAGGAGAUGUGCGCCCUUUCUUUUGGUCAGGAGCUGGACUAUUGGGGGAUCGACGAGAUCUACCUGGAGUCCUGCUGCCAGGCACGUUACCACCAGAAAAAAGAGCAAAUGAACGAGGAGCUGCGGAGGGAGGCAGAGACUUUGAGGGACCGGGAGGGAGAGGGGGAGUUUGAUAACACCUGCUGCCCGGACAAGAGGAAGAAAUUGUGGGAUCUCCUGGAGAAGCCCAGCUCCUCUGUGGCUGCCAAGAUUCUGGCCAUCAUCUCAAUCCUCUUCAUCGUCCUCUCCACCAUCGCUCUGUCCCUCAACACCUUACCAGACCUCCAGGUCACAGAUGAGUUCGGCCAGGCCAACGACAACCCCCAGCUGGCCCACGUGGAGGCCGUGUGUAUUGCCUGGUUCACCAUGGAGUACAUCCUGCGCUUACUCUCCUCGCCUAAUAAGUGGAAGUUCUUCAAAGGCCCGCUGAAUGUCAUUGACUUGCUGGCCAUCCUGCCCUACUAUGUCACCAUCUUCCUGACAGAAUCCAAUAGGAGCGUGCUACAGUUUCAAAAUGUGCGCCGCGUGGUGCAGAUAUUCAGGAUCAUGAGAAUAUUGAGGAUCCUGAAGUUAGCUCGACACUCCACAGGGCUCCAGUCUCUAGGAUUUACUCUGCGAAGGAGCUACAAUGAGCUGGGGCUGCUUAUUCUCUUCCUUGCCAUGGGCAUCAUGAUAUUUUCCAGCUUGGUGUUCUUUGCUGAGAAAGAUGAGGAUGCCACCAAGUUCACCAGUAUCCCUGCUUCUUUCUGGUGGGCAACCAUUACAAUGACCACAGUGGGCUAUGGGGAUAUUUACCCACAGACUUUGCCUGGAAAGAUUGUGGGUGGGCUCUGCUGCAUUGCAGGAGUGCUGGUAAUUGCUCUACCCAUCCCUAUUAUUGUCAACAACUUCUCUGAGUUCUAUAAAGAGCAGAAGAGACAGGAGAAGGCCAUCAAGAGGAGGGAGGCACUGGAGAGGGCCAAGAGGAACGGCAGCAUUGUUUCAAUGAACCUGAAAGAUGCCUUUGCCCGCAGUAUGGAACUGAUGGAUGUGGUGGUAGAGAAAGGAGACGACAAAACCUCCCUUGACAACCACCUGUCACCAAACCGGUGGGUCGGCUCAACAAGGCACGCCUCCUCCGAAAUCAACCUCAAGUCCCCUGAUAAAAGAAACCUGGAUUUUCUGCCACAAAGCUCCCCUCAUCGUAUCACCAUCACAAGCGCUGGAAGUCCGCACCGUACAAGCAGGACCCCGCAGCACCUAAAUGUCCAGAAACUGGAGGAGAUGUACAACCAGAUGACCAAGUCGCAGUCCUUCACUAACCUCAACACUACAAGCUCCAUGAGCACCCUAAGCACAACCAUGACCGCCCCGGUCUCGCCGAAGAAAUCUCACAGCCAAGAGGAGGUGGAGCUGGAGAUGAAGGAGGUUCAGCCGUCAUCAACGCAUAAGGUUGCCAGUUGCUCAGCCGGUCUUAAAAAACAAGGCCUCAACUCAGGUGAGGAAGUUGUUGGGUCAUGUCAAACCAGACACCCCAAGGCACCACCAUUUUUUGAUCUUAGCUGUACAGAUUACUUGAGCUCACCUGGCAUCAUACACAGAGAUGGCCUCUAUGAAUCUGUCAACCCAGGUGAGGAAUCAGAGCUCCAUGUAGAAGAAGGGGAGAGCUUUAACAGUGCUGUGAAGAAUAUCCAGAGCUCUCCAAGAGGGAAUAAUCCUCUUAAGAUAAAGGGGUUGAAGGUAAACUUCACCAAAACCUCUCCUGAAGGCCCACUAACACCACCCAGCACUACCUCUCCUGGAGACAUUAGCUCCAGCAUCCUGGAGGAGUCGCCCGAGGGAGAGACAUCUCCACUCAUCGCCAGUUCAGAUGAGCUACUCCCCAUCUCUAAAGAGGAAACCUGCCCCUUGACCCCAAAUAGGCUGAUGGUUGACACCCCACCCGGCGACGAAGAUCAAGUGGCAGAGGAGCACGAGGAGAAGCAUCUGAUGGAGAUGGCAGGAGCUGCAGUUGUGCCCAUGUCACCGAAGACAGCAGCACAAAAUUGCACCCAGGGUGUCGUCGGGGCAGGGGUGGAGGUCAAGGCUGACAGCAACCAAAGUGGACACAAAGCAGAGAACCACAUGUUUACAUCUGACAUCCACCUGAUACCCGGAGACGGCAGCCUUUCUCCAACCUGUGAAACCAGCAUGUGACUGUAAGGGAAGCCCUUCGGAACAGGAGACCCACCACAACCUCUGCCCGGCGUGUAGGACAGCAGCAAGACGAGACAAACGUGCAGUUGUAGAGAAAGAUAUUUUUGCAUGGCAUGACAAGUCCCUUUCACUUGUAUUGUUGUGUAUCGCUGAAAAAGAAACUGCAGUGUUUUGUGCAGACGCAAGAAUGACUUUGGGAGUAAUAGUGGGCUCGGAGAAAAAACAAAGGAGGGAAUUCAUCAACUGAUGCAGACAUUUUGGUCGUCCCAAUGUACAUACUGACAGUGUCCUUUUUUCUAGCAAAAGAAGGGAAAUGCACAGAAGGACUUAUCUGUAAAAAGCAUGCAUUUAAAUAAGACAAGAUAUUUUACGGUGCUUGGUUGGCUGAAAGCGCUCCACUGUAAAUAUUAGGACAUCUAAGGCAAUGACAAUGCACAGGAUGGUGUAGGAAAAAUGUUACUGACGGUACAAAUAUUUGUUCUGUGAAAAGAGCGAGGGGGGGGAGGGAGGGAGGAUGGGGUUGAGACACGAGAGCCCUCAGCGUGGCGUUGCAUCGUAGCGACCUAUAAGAAAAAAAAAACAUAUCAUUACCUUUUGUGGAAAUGCAAAUUGUUCCCAUGACAACGCUGUAAUGUUAUUUUCUUUUAUCCGUGUGAAAAAACGAAAAAAAAAAACGGUGUAUGAAAAAUGUAACGUUGGCAUUAUUGCUUUGGUUUUCUUAACGACUUGAUGACUUGUUGAACUUUCAGUUUGAGCAUCCGAUAUAUUAUAAGUCUUUGAAUUAAUGGACGUGGGCAAGAAGGACAAAAACACCUUGUUUCCUCUCAACGCAUACACCUGUAUUUGCCAAAUAAUGUUAUCUAUGUAACCAGUGAAGACGGGAAGUAUCAGAUACUACCAUUAUUUAAACUAUUUAUGAUGUGGUUUCAGAGGUUCAGAGGUUGAGCCUUUCGAUUCCAUCUGGCAGAAACAGAAAAAAAAGACGUAUUUACUCGCUCUCAGACAUCUGAUAUAUACAUCCAAGUAUUUUAAGAAUAAAUUAUGAAAUACGUAGCUCUAGAUUGGUUGUAGAAAAAGUCUACAGUAGGUAGGUGAGACUUCUUAAAACAAGAGUUAUUAACUCAGCACAGUAAACCUGGUCAUGAAUACACAUAUAAAGUAAACGCUUUACACCAUAAUUAUCUCUUUUGGCACUUCAAAAUGGAUAGACUACCACAAUAAGACGACAAUAUUCCUCUGUGAUGUCAAUGGACCAAAUCAAGCACACUUUCAUCUUUCUCAGCUGCAUAAUUGCAUAUACAGUAAUAACAUAUAUUAUAAAAGCAGUUUUUUCCUUAGGGCUUGUUGACCUGCAUCGCGUUCAUCGUCCUAUCCUCAGCGCCCCGAUGUCGUUUUUUUUGACAGUUUGUUCCGUACUACUGCAAUUUUAACCCGAUCCUGCUGACUGAAGUUGAAGGCAUUUUUCUUCUUUGUAAACCCGUCGUGUCUUGGGUUGUAAUUUAUUGUGAACAAAACUAUUUUCAGUCAAACUCAAACCCAAAGAGUUUCGUUGUCGUUGCUGUUGUCGUCGUUGUUGUUAUUCUCAUCUUUUGUCUCGCUUUUGUUUUACACUGACUGAAAAUGAUUUAUUGUAUUUUGCCUUUGACUCCACUUUUAUUGCUGGAAUUGUUUUUUCUUCUUUUUGUUUGAAUACUUGUUUUUCGCAUGACACUUUGCUGAGUGGUUUGUUUGUGAAAGCCACACAAACCUGAACGGUACUGACAGGAAGUACACGGGAGAAUUAUUUAUUCUUUGAUUUAUUGUUUUCUUUCAUAUUUCUUCUUAUUCUUAUGGUCAUAUUUUGUUUUGUUCUCACAGAGAGGUGUGGAAUGUGCAAUACCGCAUACUGCAAUCUAUGCAGGCCAAGAAUUGUGGCACUUUAUUUUCUGUCUAUGGGAAUUUGUAAGUGUACAGGCAGAAAUGACUUGUAUUUUUCAAAUGUUAUAUCUUUAAUACAAGGCAAAACAGUAUUACAACCACCAGAAUCUCACACAAAACGCAAAUGAAAAUUUGAUCUUUUACUUUUUUUCAUACAUGGCUGGCAUCAUGCUGUCACGCACCUUAAUGCCACGUAUCAAUGGACCUCAAAUUUGUCUGAAGAAGGAUCCAAAUUGACCACUUUAGGCCUUUUAUACUACUGUUGGAUUUACACAUAUGUCUAACAAAUUGUCUGUGAUGAAGAUAAAACUUCAAUUGCCACACACAAAGGAUUUUAUGUUUUUUGUGACUUAACGUGGAGAAUGAUUCUAUUUUUUCUAAACCAAAAUGGAGCACGACCACAAUUUCCUGCCAUAUGGUGGUUGAAAUGAUGCGUGCCUUUUCAUAACACCGCUGUUUAUGAGAAGGUAGCAAGUCAUUUUGCUUUGUUCAUAUAGCACUGUACAGAAAAUUCUAAUUUUAUAGGAGAAAUCAGGUCUUUAUGUAAUAGAUACAAGUAAUGUUAUUGAGUUCUCAGGUUUUCUAUAACUCUCUGAUGUUCCGAUUGGAUAGAUUCUUUGUUUUUAAUUUAACAGCUUAUGUCAACUAGUAACUUCUGUACUUUCUUUGAAAGGUGAUGUUGUCAAAUUCAUAUUGAUGUCUUGGCUCCCGGAGUGAGGAGCAGCAAUAUUUCUCCCUCCUCCUGGGAAAUCCGUGCUCCACAUUCAGUAUCCACAGCCAUCAGUUCUCAGUGAGGCAAGGAAGGAGCAUGAACAGAGGGAACAACAGUGGGACUGUUUAAGAGAGUUGUGAAAUAGACAGAAAGGAGAGUGAUGGAUCUAACUCCCGCAGACAGGCAGUAAGAGAUCCCCUACUGUCACUCAACUCAUCCAUCUGAUUAUUUCCCAUGCUGACACAUUGUUGUGCUCCAGUCCCUACAGUUUCAGAACCUCUAACCCCAUAGCAUGGCCUCGGGCACAGUGAUCAGAGGGUGGAGAACGCUGUGAGAUGGCAAAUACUCCCAAGACGAUCACAUCACAUCUCUUAUGGUCCACAUUUCCCUCUGUCUGUGUGUCGUACUGUUUGUCCAGACCAACGUCAUUUGAAUCAUGUGAGAGCUCACUGAGUUGUCUUUGUGAAAAUGAUUGAUCCCUCGUCGGAGAAAUCUUUUGUACUCUCUAAAGCAUAAUGAUGUGGUGUCAGUAUUCGUCUGUAGCGGUACGUUCACUUGUUUUUUUUUCCGUCACCCAUUGUUUGUAGUUUUCAUGUCUCCAUGUUAUCCCAGAGUAAUCCUUCAUUUUGACAGGUAGGUGAGAGAAACAAGGGAUACUGAUUGAUCAGCUGUGUCCCCCCUGGGAUGACAUUUGUGUGGAUACUGAAAUUAACUGUAUGAGCUGACAGCAUACAGAUCGUUCUCUGUCUUUCUCUCUCACAGCGGCAUUAUCACACGUGAUACUGUGCAGUGUGGAAAAGUUGUGUCAUUAUUUUCUGCGAGAGAAUGGGUAUUGUCCGUGUCACUCAUGCGUGCUUAUGAAACCUCGCUCCCUGAAAUGCAUAAAGCUAUAUUCUUUUCUCUUAUGUCUCUUAUGUGUAUUCUGCCUCUUGCGUUUAUUUUUUUUUGUUUGUUUGUUCGUUGAUUUGUUUGUUUCUCUCUGUCCUGCUUUGGAGAACAUUAUUAUCAUUAGACACACUCUUGAGCUACAGACUGUUUCUGUACAAAGCAACAUCUUUGUAUGCAUGUAGUUGUCCGAACAAUUAUGUGACCACAGAACACUUUGUUAUGGUACAUGUUUGUCAACAUUUCUGUAGAGCAUUGUUCCCCAUUACAUCUAUUAGCAUAUGCAGAAUAAGAAAUAAAUGUGUAUAUAACUCCUGCA